ACAAAGUUUACAGUAGCUACAUUUGAAUGCUAGCAGCGGAGUGUUGAAGUUGUUGCACUGUAGCAGCGCCAGAAAGAGUUUUUGCUACAUUUCUCUUGGUCUUCAUGCUAACAUAAACCGGUGUGUGUGUUUUGUAGACGGCAAAAAGUUCGUAACUCGCAUGGAAACAGAGCUCAGCUUUCCAUCUGCUGUACCUGGUGUUUUUUUGUGCCGCUUGUCGAUGUGAGGGUGGUUGUUGACUCGCUAACACGAGCACGAGCGUUGCAUGUGGAGCAUGUGCGCUUUGUUUUUUUGCUCUGUUUUUACGGUGUUGUGUUUUUAACAGCUUUAGCACGGUUUGUGUUUUAUUACUUAAAGAUGCGUCUGCAUGGUGGAAGUGUAAACCACCCAUAGUUUAGAUUUUUAGUGUGGAAACUGUUCUUCAGGUAAUAACGAAGGAGUUUUUUUUCACGUUUUUUUUUUUUUUUUGGGAAACGUAACCAAAUAGCCUUCCACAUUGAUUCAAAAGCAACAUGCCUAUUAGGCGUUUUGGGGGUCACAGGUCACUGGUCUCUAACUCUCAAACUUCAAAGCUGUCGUAUGGUUACAAGAAAAUGAAUGUUUCAAAGAGUGGCUACCGUGUUUUUUCUGCCAACUCCACCACCGCCUGCACUGAGCUGGCCAAGAAGAUCACAGAACGCUUGGGUGUGGAGUUGGGCAGGUCAGUGGUUUGUCAAGAGUCAAAUAAAGAGACAAGAGUGGAUGUGAAAGAGUCUGUUCGUGGACAAGACAUCUUUAUCAUUCAGACCAUUCCCAGAGAUGUCAACACGGCCAUCAUGGAGCUGCUGGUUAUGGCCUACGCCCUGAAGACAUCCUGUGCCAAGAACAUCAUCGGGGUCAUUCCCUACUUUCCGUACAGCAAGCAGUGCAAGAUGAGGAAGAGAGGAUCCAUUGUCUGCAAGCUGCUAGCAUCCAUGUUGGCUAAAGCUGGGCUAACUCACAUCAUCACCAUGGACCUCCACCAGAAAGAGAUCCAGGGCUUCUUCAGCUUCCCUGUUGACAACCUGAGAGCUUCUCCCUUCCUCAUCCAAUACAUCCAGGAGGAGAUCCCAGACUACAGGAAUGCCAUAAUUGUUGCAAAGUCCCCUUCAGCUGCCAAGAGAGCUCAGUCCUACGCUGAGAGGCUGCGGCUUGGGCUGGCAGUGAUGCACGGGGAGGCCCAUCAUUCUGAGUCAGACAUGGCUGAUGGACGACAAUCUCCCCCCUUGUCCCGCACCACCACAGGACACACCGGCCUGGAGCUGCCAUGCAGCAGAUAUCAAGCUCCAUUCCCUGGGAUAGAGCUCCCAAUAAUGAUGGCGAAGGAGAAGCCACCGAUCACUGUUGUUGGAGACGUAGGAGGCAGAAUCGCCAUCAUUGUUGAUGACAUCAUAGAUGAUGUGGACGACUAUGUCGCAGCAGCAGAAAUCCUGAAGGAGAGGGGAGCCUACAAGAUCUACAUCAUGGCUACACAUGGCCUGCUGUCUGCAGAUGCACCGAGGCUAAUAGAGGAGUCUGCAAUUGAUGAGGUGGUGGUGACCAACACUGUACCUCAUGAGGUGCAGAAGCUGCAGUGUCCAAAAAUCAAAACCGUUGAUGUCAGUAUGAUCCUGGCUGAGGCCAUCCGGCGCAUCCACAACGGAGAGUCCAUGGCCUAUCUAUUCCGCAACAUCGCCGUGGAUGACUGAGGCAACACACACUUUACAUAUACAUUCCUGCACUCACACAUACCAGUGACCAAGACUCAAGAUUGUUGCAGUUUUUUUUUUUUUUUUAAUUUUUGUUUGUUUUUGUUUUGCCGAUAAACACAUUGACAGAAGUAGUUUGUAUUCACCGUAUGUGACAUAUGAAGCUCUGCUUUAUUCCUCUGAUAUGUUACAUAGACUGAACAAACAACACACACUGUUUCACUUCACUAAUAUAUACUUCCUACCAUCUGAAAACAAACAAACACCACAUACUGUAUCAUAUGCAGCCUCUCAGUAUCCUGCAAAAAUUCGGCAAAUAAAACAGUUUUUGUGUGAGUUA